AUGUCGCUCCUUGGAUUCCAUAAGUCCCAACUCACCAAAUUAGCUAACGUGCUACGCAAGAAGAUCGCGGAAGCCGAACAGACCAACCUGGAAAGCAACGCCGCCCUCACCUUCAACACAGGCAAGGAUUACGAGUUUGUCAUCAAUCGUAGACGUUUGCUUUCGAAUUUUAUUUCUUCCAUCAAGUGUGCUGCUUCCUAUUUACGCACUCAGCGGGAUGAAGCUGAGGAGUUUGCUCGUCAGAGGCCGGACGAGCAGGGAGAGCAUCCCCUCCUCUUGGAGAUCCACGCGCAGUGGGAAGCCAGUGAAUUGACGGAUCUCUUGGAGAAGGCGGACAUUUGCUUGAGCGUUUGGAUAAUGAGAUCAAACUCCUUCCGAAUGUGGAUGUGCUUUAUGCGCGUUGCCUUUCGUCGAUUGCUUCCACCCAAAUUGUCCCUAACCCCGCGUCGUCCCCUUCUUCUUCUGAUGCUGCUCAACCCCAAUCGCGCAGUUGACCAUUACCCUCUCGCGAGUGACGCAGGGAACCCUCAGCAGGGAGACCAGCGUCCGCGAGUCCCUUCUGGAUUUGGCAAUCCCCAGUCGACCCGUCCUCCUGCUCCGACGAGCAUGCACCCUCUUGGAUUUCAAACCCUUUCGCCAAAUCCAACUUCAGAUCUCCCAUUUGCAUCGACUAGCGUUCCAUCUUUGUCUACCUCGUACAGCUUACCCUCAUUCGAGAUACCGUUCUUUUCUGGCGAUAUGGAUGCGUUUCCUGAAUUCUGGAACAUCUUUGCUGCUUCUGUGCAUAACAACAACAGCGUACCGGUAGCUGUCAAGUUCAUGUACCUGAAGACGCACUUAAGAGGAGAUGCAGCGAACAUCGUCGCGAACUUCCAACCCACUGAAGAGAAUCAUGAGGAUGCAGUACGUACGAUCCAAAGCACCUACAAUCGACCGGAACAUCUGCGAAUGCGUCUUUGGGACAAGCUCAACAAGCAAGCGACCGCAAAGGAGUCUGCGGCUUCACAGCGCGCUACCCUUGGUUCCAUCAGAGCUAUUUGGUCCCAGAUGAAGCGCUUGAAGGAAGAAUCGUUGAUAGGUGCACUGAACACGAUUCGAUCGAAAUUUCCCCGACGUACGCGUGAGAAGAUUGGCGAGAUGAAGAAUAAGGAAGACCAGAUGUGGAGGUAG